AUGGCGCAGACCAAGCCAGUCAGUUUACAUCUGAUACCCUUGGCUAAGGAUACGGUUCUACUCCCAGGAAUCGUCCUCAGAAUUCCGGUUGCUGCAAAUCGACCGGAUAUCCCGGCUCUACUUUCAAAUAUAUACAGCCAGGCAGCUACGAAGACAACGACUCAGCGGCUAGAUAGCAUCAAUGUCGCAUGUGUUCCUCUGAGCUCCCCUCUGCUCAACCGGCAUGGCCAGAAGAUGAUAUCCCAGGGCGAUCGGAGCCCCACACCGAAAGCACGCUUGGGCAUAAACCCUUCAGAUGCAACGAAGGACGAUCUGUUUGGAUAUGGCGUGGCGGCGAAGAUAUCCGGCGUUGAAGGACGAGGGUCGGGGGAGUUUGCUCUGUUGGUUGAAGGAGUCGCCAGGAUAAAGAUUGAGAGAGUGACGCAAGAGCGUCCCUUUUUCCAGUCGGAAGUUACCUAUAUAUAUGAUGACGCUGUAUCCCCACAGGAUCUUGCGAUUCAAGAACUCUUCGCCCAACUUAAACAGCUAUCUCGCGAGCUCCUCACACUAUUAAGACUCUCGUCGCUCCUCCCUCGAAGUUCUGGGUCUGCAGGGCUGUCUCCAAUCCUCGCCAGGCGGCUCGAACUUUAUAUUGCGAAGCGGGGCAUACAAGACUCUGGGUUGUUAGCAGAUUUUAUGACCAAUAUUGUCGAGGCAUCGCUGGAGGAAAAGUUACAGAUUCUAGCUGCUCUGGAUGUGAAGGACCGUUUAGAGAAGGCCAUUGCCUUGUUGCAGCGACAAGUUGGAAACAUCAAAAAUAAUGUGAGCAUCACUACACUUACCAGCACUUUCCCGGCGAACACCGACUUGGACCAGAUGCAGAAGACGGGCAAGCAACGGAUGAGAAGGCCUGGCAUUUCCGGUAUGCAGCUACCAGGAAUGGGAGGCAUUGGGACACCUCCUGAUGAUGAGCAAGAACCAAACGAAAUGGAUGAGUUAAAAAAGAAGCUCGACGCUGCAAAGAUGCCGGCCGAGGCUGCAAAGGUUGCUUUCCGAGAGCUCAAGCGACUAAAGAAGAUGUCCCCGGCUCAGGCAGAAUAUCAAGUCACCCGAAAUUAUUUAGAGAAUCUGGCUGAGAUACCUUGGACAGUCGCCACAGAAGACCAGCUUGGUGUGGAAACCCUAUCCCGAGCAAGAAAGCAAUUCGAUGGUGAUCAUUAUGGUUUAGAAAAGGUCAAAAAACGCUUGCUCGAAUAUCUUGCAGUUCUCAAACUUAAACAGUCUAUCAACCAGGAUGUGAACAUCCAAAUUGCAAAGGCAGAGGAGGAGAAGGCUGCAGAGAAGGCCGAGAUCUUGAAGAGAAAACGGAUGAUCGACAAGUCACCCAUUCUGCUCUUAGUCGGGCCGCCGGGAGUUGGGAAAACUAGCUUAGCAAAGUCUGUUGCUACGGCUUUGGGGAGAAAAUUCCACCGCAUCUCCCUUGGAGGCGUACGAGAUGAAGCGGAGAUCAGAGGACAUCGCAGAACAUAUGUUGCAGCUAUGCCCGGGCUGAUUGUCCAGGGGCUUAAAAAGGUUGGGGUCUCAAACCCGGUCUUCCUGCUCGACGAGAUUGACAAAGUUGGAACAUCUAAUUUCCAUGGUGACCCAUCCGCAGCCAUGCUGGAAGUUCUUGAUCCUGAACAAAACCAUUCUUUCACGGACCACUAUGUCAAUAUUCCAUUAGAUCUAAGCAAGGUCCUUUUCAUCGCCACUGCCAAUACCCUUGAUACCAUUCCUCCAGCUCUCCUCGAUCGUAUGGAGACAAUCGCGCUACCAGGCUAUACUACUCUUGAGAAACGGCAUAUUGCUCUACAACAUUUAAUUCCAAAACAGAUCCGAACAAAUGGUCUCGGGGAAGGGCAGGUUGAGUUCAACCAAGAUGUCGUGUCCAAGAUUAUUGAGUCGUACACUCGAGAAUCUGGCGUUCGGAAUCUCGAGCGUGAAAUUGGCUCUGUAUGCCGUGCAAAAGCUGUAGAAUUCGCCGAGGCAAUGGACUCUGGGCACCUAGAGAAAUAUAAACCUCAACUAUCGGUGGAAGAUAUUGAAGACAUUCUAGGUAUCGAGAAGUUUGACGAAGAAAUUGCGGAGAAGACGAGUCGCCCUGGUAUCGUGACUGGCCUUGUGGCAUACAGUUCUGGCGGGAACGGCAGCAUACUUUUCAUCGAAGUUGCUGAUAUGCCGGGUAGCGGCAGUGUGCAGCUGACUGGCACAUUGGGGGAUGUGCUCAAGGAAAGUGUCGAGGUGGCACUUAGCUGGGUUAAAGCACAUGCGUACGAACUUGGAUUGACAAGCGACCCUUCGGAGAAUAUCAUGAAGAAUCGUAGUAUCCAUGUUCAUUGCCCAUCAGGAGCAAUUCCCAAGGAUGGACCUUCUGCCGGUAUGGCACACACAAUUGCUCUUAUAUCCCUGUUCUCUGGCAAAGCUGUACCUCCUACCAUGGCAAUGACUGGCGAAAUCUCACUUCGGGGCCGCGUUACUGCUGUGGGAGGCAUCAAGGAGAAAUUAAUCGGAGCUCUCCGCGCAGGCGUUAAGACCGUACUGCUACCAGCCCAGAACAGAAAAGAUGCCAAAGACCUGCCCCAGGAGGUUAAGGAUGGUUUGGAGAUCAUCCACGUCAGACAUAUUUGGGAAGCCAUGCGCCACGUUUGGCCUGAUGCACACUGGCGGGGCGAGGAGAACUUUGCGGGUAUCGAAAGCCAGCUGUAA